UUAAAUUUAUAAAAUAAAAAACCUAGUUAAUAUUAAAUAACAUGACAAAAAUAUAAAAAAUUUAGUAUUUUAAAUCCGGAUAAUAAUUAUCUAACUUCAGAUUUAUUGUCAUUAGCCAAGAAAAGUAAACAUGGAUUUGCAUGAAGCACUAAACAAUAUACAAAAAUGUCUUGGACCUGAGAAAGAGGAAGAGUACACUGCAGUACUUCGUCAGUGGUUAUCCUUCAGUUCCCACAUGACAAAAGAUGAGUUUGAGCAAAAAGUAAGAAAAUUAUUGACAACAACAGAAGAAAUACGACAUCACAUAAAUUUGAUGCGUGCAGUUUUAUGUAAAAUUAAUGGGGGCAAAAUUAAAUCAUUGAAAGCACCUAUGGAAAAUAGUAAUACAUUUGAAUAUGCAGAAUAUUCAGAAUAUGUGCAACAAAAGAAUCUCACUUCAGCCCCACCAUCUGAUGUUGAGUAUCGAAGUGCUGCUGCUGAAUUGUUCAUGCCAGACAGUGGAUUUGUAGCUAGUAGGAUAGCAGUCUCUGCAUGGGAGAAUGGCAUGGCAGGUGCAAAAGAAGAUGUAACAGAAGUAAUUGUAUAUGCCUGCCAGAUGUUUAUCAAAAAUAUUAUCACAGCAAUGUUAUCCAGAAAAAAAGGUUAUAAAAUACGGGAUGGCAAAUUUCAAUAUGGCUUCAACCAACCUAUCCCAGAUCCCUUUAUUAGAAACUAUGCGAAUGUUAUUGACGACACGCUAGAAUCAAAAGUGGAAGUGGCUGAUGAAGAUGAUAGUUUUAUGCCAAAGUACAAGAAUUCUUUAGAGAAUAUGGAACAGCAAGUUGCCUUUGCAUAUUCUUGUUCAAAAAGACAGAAGACUGAUAAUGUUUUAACAGUACAAUUAUUAUAUGAUACAUUAAGAGAUAAUCCAAAAAUUCUAGGUUUACAUACAAUGCAGAGUGUUAGCUUAUUAAAACUAGGUUUACAAAUGGAUGAUUAAAUGAAACAUUCGAUGUGAUUUAUGAAAAAAACUGUAUUAAUAUUUAACUUUAAAUAAAAAGUAUUAGCAUAA